CCGAGGUGCGGGCAGGUUGUGUGCAGAGUCAGUGGCUGCGUCGUGGCCAGGACUGCUGUGGCUGCAAGUACUCCGCGCUCGCUCCGCCUCUCUUGCUCAAAUAUGUUAGUAUUGCCUCCACGACCAAAUAUCCCAAAGAAAUCAACUUAGUGACAUCGAGCCAUCAAAAUUUUAGUGCAUUCAAGCAGUCAGUCUCUCUAACACUUCCUAAUGCACCAAUUUUGAUACAAAAACAACAAGUCGAUGACACUUGAAAACAAUUUACUCAUUCCCGGGACAACUCACACCCACAGCAAGCCUUAUAUAUGUGUCUGGUGUGCUCACGUCAGGCUGAGAAACCCCAAAAAUAGGCGCCGUUUUGCGAGUGAUUUGUGAAUUAUAGAAAACGGUGUUUUGAGUGUUCGGGUGAGCAUCAUGGAGAAUAAUGAACGGACGAAGAACUGGACUCAAAUCAUCUCUAUAGUAUCAUUCCUCAUGGCCGCAGUCCACAAGAUAUCAGCACAGGGCGUGACGGACCCCAGGUGCCAGGCGCCAUAUGGCAACUUUCCGGACGCCAGCCGCUGCGACGGGUACAUUUCCUGUUGGGGUGGACGAGGCUUCUCCCAGCGGUGUGGCACUGGCCUCGUCUUCAACCCUGUCACCAAACUCUGCCAAGCUGGCACCAGUUGUCCAGGCGAGACCGUGGGUGCUCCGGACUCCGGUCAGAGUGUCCGGUUGAGCGGUGGAGGUGGACCCUGGGCCGGUUAUCUCCAGGUUCGAUACCAGGACAAGUGGGCCUAUGUUGAUGCUCGAGGCUGGACCCAUGAGCUAGGGCGUGUGGUAUGUGGUCAGCUGGGCUAUGUAGGGUACGAGUCUGGCAGUGGGGUGGUGGCAGGCGGGACCGAGAGCAGCAGCACCACCACCUCUCCGCCCGUGGUGCAGCUAGGGUGCCCUGGAGGCAUCUCCUCUCUCUCCAGGUGUAGGCCGAGUGCCUGUACCUCCUGCCGCGCUGAGACGCCGGUACUCUCCAUCAGAUGUACACGGGCUCCAACCCACCGGUGUCCCUCCCAGCCUGCAGGAGGGGGAGGAGCGCCAUGGGAGAGGUGGCGUGACAACUGCUUCAUGGUCCUCGACAACUACAGGGCCACUAAAGACUCGGCUAGUGCCAUGUGCCGCGAAAGAGGGGCUCAGCUCCUGACCAUCGACUCACAGGCGGAACAUGAGUACAUCUCGGAGCUGCUCGGUGCUACUGUGGACGACAAUGACUUCUACACCGACGGUGUGGGCGUGACUGUGGGCGGCCUGAGGGUGUGGGCGUGGGGCGCCUCUCAUCACGGUCUCCAGCACUCCAAGUGGUGGCCAGGAUGGAACGCCACCGGAAGGAGGACCUUCUCUACAGCUCCUACGGGCUCCUCUACGUCGUCAGCAUCCUCCGCAUCAUCCUGCUUGGUGCUGAAGAAGUCCUACCCUCUGACGGAAGGCUCCAGCAGCACCUACGACAGCGGGUUCUACUACUAUCACCCCACCGACUGCCUCCAAAAGCGGCCAUUCGUGUGUAAAGCCUCCGUCAAGGAUGUUGGCUGUUACGAGGGAGACGGAACGACCUAUUCCGGACGAGCCGAUCUCACCAUCUCUGGCCGGACAUGCCUGCUGUGGACCGACCCGAAGAUCAAUUCCCUGGACGAGGCCCGUUCCUCCUCCUCUAGAGCCCGCAACUUCAACCUGGCGCUCAUCGGCGCUCACAACUACUGUAGGAAUCCUGACGGAGCCCAGAGGCCCUGGUGCUUUGUGGAUGGUACCACGGCGGAAGCGUGCGACGUCCUUGCCUGCACUGAGGACCUCUCUGUGUCUCCUUCUCCCGGGGCACCGGUUCGAACUUCGACCCUGCUUCGACCUCUUCAAGCAACCUUCACCACAACCCCAAACCCCUUCAUCUUCACCACCACGCCCGCCACCACCACCACCACCACCGCUACCACCACCACCACUAAAGUCCGGUGCAGGGCGGAAGACCACACCUGCGAGAGCGGCGACACCUGUCUGGACCAGAAGCUGGUGUGUGACGGGGAGCGGCACUGUCCUCGCGGAGACGACGAACACCUGUGUAAACGGUUCUUGCAGGGCUUCGAAGUGCGGCGGAGAAAGACCCUACUGGAUCGUCAGGUCCUCAAGACGCUCACCAGGGCAGACGUCGGCGUCUGCGCCAAGCGUUGUCUUGAUGACACGCUCUGUCGGGGCUUCAUAUACGACCAGGUCUCCAAAGAGUGCUUCUUGAGCGCGAGCGACGUGGCCACCUCUGGGCUGGUGACUUCGGCUCAAGAGGAGUUCUACGAGCUGCGGGCGCGCCGGACCACGUGCGGCCUACGGUUUAUCUGCGGCAACGAACGAUGCGUCGGCAGGGAGAAGGUCUGCGACGGCUUGGAUAACUGCGGCGACAACACGGAUGAGUCGCAGUGCGGUCAGAGCCGCAAGCAUGAACUGCGGCUGGUGGGUGGCCAGGGGGGCCACCAGGGGAAUAUUCAGGUCAAGGUGGACGAUGAAUGGGGAUAUGUGUGUGACGACGGGUUCGGGUUCGAGGAGGCGGACCUGGUGUGUCGAAGCCUCGGGUACUCCUCGGCCCAGGCCUUCACUCGCAACAACCACUUUGGGAAGAGUGACUCCAAAUGGCGACGCAGCAGUCCCAAGUUCUGGUUAGAUAAGUUAGCGUGUACUGGAAGCGAGACCUCACUCCUGGACUGUCCUUCCAGCGGCCUUGGUGUACAUGACUGUGGUCCUACGGAGAUAGCUGGCGUGACCUGUCGGACAGUGACAUCACUCUGCAACGAGGAUCAGUUUCAGUGUGGUACUCCCAGACUCCACACCUGCGUCCACAGGACUCAAGUAUGUGACGAAACCAAGGACUGCUUUGAUGGCAGUGACGAGGCGCCGAGCCUGUGUGACGACGUGGGUGUGACGCGCCUGGCGUCCUCCAGCAGUAAGCUGGUUGGCGCCACGGCUGGCACCGUCUACAUCAAGCACUUCGGCCGCUGGGGCACCGUCUGCGACGACGCCUUCGACGAGAACCAUGCCAAGGUUGUGUGUAGAAGUCUUGGUUAUGAAGGAGGUUGGACUGUCGCAUAUCCCCGCGCAUUCUUUGGGCGAGGUACUUCUGACAUCCUGCUGGACGAGGCUGGCUGUAGGGGCAACGAGGACUGGCUUGGUCAAUGCUUAGGGGUCGUGUGGGGGGUCACUGAUUGUGACCACUCUGAGGAUGUGGGUGUCCUCUGCUCUGAUGAGAUCGAAGUGCGGUUAUCGAACGGUCCAACAGUGAACUCAGGGCGAGUUGAGGUCAAGCUCUCGGGCCAGUGGGGGACCAUUUGCGACGACGACUUUGACGACUAUGAGGCCAAGGUGAUAUGCCGUAUGCUGGGCUAUCACGGAGACGCGGUUGCUCACAAGGCGGCCAGGUACGGUCAAGGUACAGGGCCGGUUUGGCUAGACUCCAUGGAUUGUCUUGGCACCGAGACGGAUCUAAAGCAGUGCAAGAAGUCCCAGCCCGGAGCUUCUGACUGUGCCCAUGCUGAGGACGCCUCCGUCACCUGCUAUCCGAUCAAACGUGGCGCCGUCAACCUGGGGCUCCAGACGGCGCUGCCAGACGGGUGUGGUCGACGGUCCGACACUUCCUCGUCGUCCUUCCUGAUCGACAACUUCGCUAAGAUCAUCGGCGGAUCGACGCAGGAGCCCCUGGAACACCCAUGGCUGGUGUCUCUGCAGCUGCGGGAGGAGGGGAAGCUGAAGCACAACUGUGGGGGAGUGGUGAUCGCUGAGGACUACGUGUUGACGGCUGCACACUGCUUCAAGGUCCACGGUAGAAAUAGCUACGUCGUCCGUGUGGGAGACUAUUCUCUCAACACCAGGGAGGGCGCACAGGAGGACUUCCAGAUCGAGAAGCUGUGGAUGCACGACGACUUCGACAUGACAGUUGAAUUCAACAACGACAUCGCCGUCUUGAAAGUUGGGAGGAAAAACGGCAGGGGAAUCAGGUUCGGCAAGUCGGUACAGCCAGCCUGCCUACCCAGCGAGGAAGCCAGCUACAGCAGCCUGAGCGAGUGCAGUAUUACAGGCUGGGGCACCACUUCGGAGAGGGCACCACCAAUACCCCAGGACCUCCCUAGAUCCGGACGAGUGCAGAUUUACAACAUGUCCUCCUGCACCGGACAGAACAAAUACGGCCUCUUCGAGGUCACAUCCGGCAUGGUAUGCGCCGGUAACCUGGACGGCCGGAUAGACACCUGCACGGGGGACUCCGGCGGCCCUCUCACCUGUUACAUCAACGGGAGACACGUUCUGUACGGGAUCACCUCCUGGGGUAAGGGCUGCGGACGUCGCGGUCAACCCGGAAUGUACACGAAAAUCACCAAAUUUCUCAGAUGGAUCCACGAUAUUAUCGUAUGAUAAACUCGCUUAAAAUGCCUUUAAAGACCUCUUCUUCCCCCCUUCCCUAAGACUUAUUCAAGUCAGACUUUUAUUUGAGCUACAAGUGGCACCAGUUGUGGGUUUGUAUAGAAGUCAACCGCGCCCACCGGAGUGCCGUGUACCAGUUGUGUUGGCAGUCAGGCCGGUGUUGUCAACUGCAGGGGUGGACAGUUGUGGGGCAUCUGUACCACGGUGUACUCAGCUUCUCGGUGUACGUACACUGAGAAAUAAUUUAAGUUUUGGACUAUGUUCUUGGCUGAAGGAUACGUGCUGGUUGGUCUGUAAGGCUGUGUGGUGGCCUUAAUAACCCUCCAGAAGUUGAUCGGCUUUAAGCCCAACACCAAACCUUAGCAGUUGUGGAUGUGCAAUUAGAGUUGUAAAGUCAGUUGCAACACUAACAGCUGUCAGUAGUCAGAUAUGUGAGCUUCAGGUGUGGACAAAUAGUUAGAUAUAUAGUUAGUAAAUAUACACUGAGAGUCCUGGACUAUGUUCAAGACUAAAGUGUUUUUACUGAAUGGUCAAUAGGCUGUUGUGGUGGCCUUAAUGACUUAAUAGGACUUAAGCCCAAUACCAAGGACCUACAAGGAGAUAUAUAUACACAGACAGGCGUGACCUACAAGGAGAUAUAUAUACACAGACAGGCGUACCCGUCUUUCUGUGUAUACUGAGUUUACUUAAGGCCUGGAUUAAGUUCAGGAAAAAGUAUACUUAUCAGUUUGGCAUGCUAAAAGGUGACCUUAAAAAUUUUCAAAGUUUUUAGUGAAAAUCGCAUCACGUUUCGAAGCAUCUUGGUAUUAAAAAUAAUUUCUAUACAGAAAGUCAAUUUGGAAGGUCGCCAGCAAAACAAGAAAAUUAUACUGGACAAGGAUGCUUACUGCAACACAGAUUAAAACAAAAAAUUACACUAAUUACACAAUAAAAUGAACUCAAAACUCAGUUUACGUAAAUUGAUCAAGCAACAAAAGAUUUGACAAAUAUUUAGCAACAUCAGCAGAUACUAUGUAAUUCAAAUUAUAAUUAUGACCGAAAUUAAUCAGAAAAAUUAUAUUAGACACCAAAUAUGAUUAUUAGUAUCUCAAUUAAGCAAAAAUAAUUAUGAGUCGUUGCUUAAAAUGUCACCGAAACUCAAAACAAGGAAAACUAAACAAAAAGGAAUAGAUUAAACUCAUCAACGCAAAUAAGCAAACGAAAUAUCAAAUCGUUAAUAAAGUUUACAUAGUAUAUACAAUUGGACAGCUGAAACAUAAUUAUUUAAUUGAGGCCGCAGCUUGCUGGCAUAUAACGAUUCCAUUAUUCCUAAAUCAUACUGGCCAUUUAGGUUAGGUUAGGUAUCUACGAUUUUAGAUGUAUCUAAGAUUUAAAUGUCAGAUUUGCGCACAGAAUGGUUCUCCUCGUGACAAUGAUUCAUGAUCUCUGAUGCUGGCUUAGAUAAUGAUAAGCCAGUCCUAAGAGUCCCAGUCCCUUUGGACUCCAGUAUCCCAAUUUUAAAGUUGCUAACUCUAAUUUGGUUUCGGGAUUCAAUAAUAAGCCAUUUCGAUCUUUGUUAGAGCUAUCAUUUAGCCUAUUUUGUUCAAUAAUAAUUUAUGUAAACAAAUUGAUGGGGUAAUAAUGAAAUUUCCAUUAAGCCCCGGGGUUGUUAAUGCAUUCUUGUGCUUCCGUGAGAGAAAUUGGCUGGAUAGAUGUCCUCUGGAUUUUAAACCGAUUGUGAAUAAGAAAUAUAUAGAUGACACUGUUGUUCAAGAGUCAUUUUCAUGUCGGUAAAUUUAGAGAGCAGCUCAAUGUACAUCAUAAUAUUCGAUUUACUGCAGAGUGUGAAUGGGAUAAUUCAGAAAGCCUUGCUUAAUUUUAAAUUUAAUGGUGAACGAAAAUGGUUUUAAUAUUGAAGUAUACAGGAAAGCAUCAUUCACAGGUCUAUUUUUAAAAUAUAAUUAAUUUGUUCCUGAUUAAUCCGUUAAAUAGAGCUUUUGUGUUAUGAACUUCAUGGUCCUACUUUGAUCAAGAAAUUAAUUUUCUAGUGAAAUAAUUUUUUCAAAUAAUGGUUACCCAUGCCACAUGAUGUAUAAUCUUAUAAGGAAUUUCUUAUAUAAGACGCUUUGCCCUUCUUGUUAGAUUACUACGGUAAAAGGGGAUGUUAAGUACAUCAGGUUACCUUUCAUGGUUCCAUCAGUAACUCCAUGAGAAGUCAAAUAAAGAAUUUUUGACAUUAUUAUCCUGAAGUGGACUUAAAGUUUAUUUUCGUUAAUACGUAUAUGGUCUUAUUUUAAAUUUGAUGAUCGAGUGACUAUUCUUUUGUGCUCUAGUAUUGUAUACAUGUGUAAAUGUUGUAGCUGUUAUACGGGAUAUGGUAGAAAUUCCAUUCGGAAUAAUAAUAAUUUUAUUUACAAGAAGGUACAAUGGGUUGGUAAGAUUACAUGAGAUUGAUAUGUUUACAUUCUUGCAAAGCCACUAACUCGCAUAGCGUUUCGGGAGGAACUUUACAAUUAUGAUACUAGAGAACAGAGGACUCUGAGGACUGACGUACCAUUAUCUAAGCCAGCAUUUUCGCUUUUCAAGGUAAACUCAAAUAUUCACAAUAAAUUAGUAUGUCACAUAUGCACUUAUUCAUAAGCAAGUUAUUGACUAUAAGAGAGUGCGAGAACGGGUUGCAUUUUCAGAUAUUGGGAAUUAUUAUUAUAAGACAAUAAUUCAUUCUUUGCAAGAGUCGGAUUCCGAACUUUUGGAAACAUGCUUAUGGUUAGUCUGACUUGUGGAUAAUGGAAUCGUAUUUAUAAUAUUAGCUCUCAGAUAUAUAAACAGAGAGCUGCGGCCUCAGGUCACUAAUAAUGUUUCUGCUGUCCAGUUCUGUACAAUGUAAAUCUUUUUAAUAGUUUAGUUUUCGUUUUAAUUAAGCUUAUUGUAGACGUCAAUACCUAUACAAGUUUUUUUUAGUUUCCCUUGUUUUGAUUUUUUUAAUGCUCAUUUUGAGUUACUUUUAUUUUUACAAUUUUUUCUGCUUAAUUUAAAUAUCGAGUAUAAUAUUUGGUGUGUAUUAUUGUGUAAUAGUUGUGUUCUUUAUAAUUAAUGAAAUUAUAAUCUAAAUCUUUAAUUUCUUUAUUUUGUAUAAGCUUUUUAUUCAGUUUGAUUGUGAUUGCAAUUUGAAUUAGUAUUUGGUGUCGUUGUCGCAUAGUAAUAAUAUACAACCUUCGUCAAUAUACAUAAGUUAAGUUCAUUGUUUCAAUCUCUUAGUUGUAUAUAUUAUUUUAUUUUCUGUAGUGACAAUGUUCAGUUCAAGGUUCUUCUUUUGCGGUUUGGUUUUUAUUUGACAUUUCAGUAUUUUAGGUCUGAUGCUGAUGAAUGGAAAGGUGAAUUUUUUUAAUUUAAAUUAAAAGUUAAGGAUAUUGGAAUUAAACAAGUUGUUCAUGUCAAAAUACUUCUGCUUAUUUUGAGUACAUUAUA